CAGGGCGGGAGCAGUUCCACGGCCUGGGCUCCAUGUACUGCCGGGGCGCCGUGGCCGUCGUCCUCACCUAUGACGUGAGCCACCUGCAGAGCCUGGUGGAGCUGGAGGAGCGGUUCCUGGGCCUCACGGACACGGCCAGCAAGGACUGCCUCUUUGCCAUCGUGGGGAACAAGGUGGACCUCACGGCGGACGGGGCUGGGGAGAGCGGGGAGGAGGCCGCCGACGGCUGUGCCCUGCCCAGGGUGCCCAGGCAGGUGCAGCCGGAGGACGCGGUGGCCCUUUAUAAGAAGAUCUUGAAGUACAAGAUGCUGGCCGAGGAGGACGCGCCAGCCGCCGAGCAGAUGUGCUUCGAGACCAGCGCCAAGACGGGCUACAACGUGGACCUGCUGUUCGAGUCCUUGUUCGACAUGGUGGUGCCCGUGAUUGGGCGGCAGCGGGCAGAGGGGCCGGCUCAGACGGUGGACAUCGCUAGUUGUAAGCCGCCUGCACGGACCAAGUCGGGCUGCUGUGCCUGACCCCCGACCCGGAGCACGGCGGGCAGGCAGUCACACGGGAGGGACUGUGGGUGGCUCAUGGCGGGGCUGAGGGGCUGCGGUGUGCAGGCGCCCCUCCCGCGCCCUUGCUGUGACCACACUGCCCACUUCUGCGUCCUUCUUCCUGGACAUUGCCCUUGCCUCUGGUGACCUCUGACCCUCCCUUUGGGCACUUGGAUCUCAGUGUGUUGCAAGCGAUUCUCCGCUUGUUGGUUCCAUUGUCUGGAGCAGCGUGGGCUGCACGCGUCAAUAGCAUGUGACUGCCUCUGAUUCUUCAUUCAGUUUAUAGAUAUUUAUAUAAUAUUUGAUAAUUAAACAGGGAGACAUAUAAGUAAUCAAUGUUUUUCAUGAAAAAAUUCUUGUAUCUGAAGAUUAAAAAAUUUAUUGAAAAUA